UUAUCUUUCUGAGUGAAGUACCGCGAAUACAAGUUCUAAUAUCGUGCAUAUAACCUCAGACAGGCGUUGCCUCUUUACCGAUGAUUAUCUCGUUUGGAUUUUGGAAUUCUUGAAUUUCCAUGUUAUAAAAGUGUACGGUUUAUCGAUUGCUUUAUCGGUGAGUCGGUUAUCUGGUGAUUCUUGUGGAAUGAAGUGUUUUUAUCGCGAAGGGGCUAGGCAAGCGAUGUUUUGGGUCGCGGUUAGUCAGUCGGCAGCUCGAUGCCGGUCGGUGUGGCAGUGUCGUGCGUAGCGUUCAAUAAUGGCCGGCAGGAUGCUAAAGUUCAUCCGAGGGAAGGGCCAGCAGCCCUCCGCCGAGAGACAGAAGCUCCAAAAUGAACUGUUCGCCUUCCGCAAGACAGUACAACAUGGCUUCCCACACAGAGCGUCCGCCCUGGCAUGGGAUCCUCUCCUACGGCUCGCGGCCCUCGGCACCGCUAGCGGCGCCCUGAAGGUGUACGGGCGGCCCGGCGUGGAGCUAUACGGACAGCACACAAACCCCGACGCAGCCGUCACCGCCAUACACUUCAUACCCGGCACCGGCCGCUUAAUAUCCUUAUGCGACGACAACAGCCUCCACCUAUGGGAGAUCACAGAGAAAUCCCUAGUGGAGCUAAAGUCCCACCUGCUCGAAGGCAAGAACAAGAAAGUCUCGGCGCUAUGCGUCGAAUCUUCAGGCAAGAACGUGCUUCUCGGAACAGAGGGCGGGAACAUAUAUACGAUAGACUUGACCACAUUCGCCAUCAACGAAGAUGUUAUAUAUCAGGAGGUUGUUAUGCAAAACUGUCCAGAAGACUUUAAAGUGAACCCCGGUGCAGUAGAAGCCGUUUGCGAACACCCAAAGUCGCCAGCUCGCAUCCUCAUUGGCUACAGCAGAGGACUGGUGGUGUUGUGGGACAGAGCUAACUCUGCACCCACACAUACGUUCGUGUCCAACCAGCAGCUUGAGAGCUUGUGUUGGAAUGAUGACGGUGACCACUUCACGUCAUCUCACAACGACGGCUCAUACGUCACAUGGGAGGUCGGCGGCGGCGCCAGCGACCGACCACUGAAGGAGCCCGUCACACCCUACGGACCCUACCCUUGCAAAGCCAUUAGCAAGAUCCUGAACAGAACUAGUGUUACUGGGGAAGAGAUCACUAUAUAUGCUGGCGGCAUGCCCAGAGCGUCAUAUUCAGACAAAUACACAGUAACAGUACAGCAAGGCGAAAAACACGUCGCGUUCGAUUUCACCAGUCGGGUAAUAGACUUCUUCACAACAUCGGCGGUGCCGCCAGAUGGCGCGCCGCUACAAGAGCAGCGGCCCGACACUCCCGCGCAGCUGUUCGCGCAGACUGUCAACCAAGUUGCAGCUGCUCUGGUGGUGCUAGCAGAGGAAGAGUUGGUAGUCAUCGACUUAUGUGACUCCCGUUGGCGACCAUUACGGUUACCGUACCUCGUGUCCAUCCACGCGUCCGCCGUAACAACAGCCCAGCUCGUCGACAACGUCGCCUCCAACGUGUACGACAACAUCGUGGCGGCCGGGCAACAGCAAACCGAGAACAUAUACUCGCCGGGCGCGUGGCCCAUCUCGGGCGGCUUGCUGGCGGGCGCCUCGCCGCCGGCCGAGCGGCAGCUGCUGCUGACCGGCCACGAGGACGGCUCCGUGCGCUUCUGGGACGUCACCGGCGUCGCCAUGACGCCGCUCUACAAGUACACCACCGCUCAGCUUUUCAGCGGUGAAGAAAUCGGCGAGACCAAUGACAGUCAAACAGACGAGGAAGAAUGGCCGCCCUUCAAGAGAGUGGGCACGUUCGACCCGUACAGCGACGACCCGCGGCUGGCUGUCAAACGGGUGAUCCUUUGCCCAUUAUCGGGCAUGUUGACUAUCGGCGGCGCGGCAGGACACAUCGUCAUCGCCAGUCUGAAAACAUCCUCCAACACCGCUGAAGUAAAGUCGGUGUCAGUGAACAUCGUGUCGGAUCGCGAUGGAUUCGUGUGGAAGGGCCACGACCAGCUCACGCUACGCGCCGGCACACUCACAUUCCCACAGGGUUACCAGGCGACGUCGGUGGUGCAGCUGUCGCCGCCGGCGGCGGUGACGGCGCUGGCGGCGCAGUGGGAGUGGGGCGUGGUGGCGGCGGGCACGGCGCACGGGCUGUGCGCGCUCGACGCCGUGCAGGCGCGCCAGCUCGCCGUCAAGUGCACGCUCAACCCGCACGACCACUCAGGCGCAGGCGACACGCCCAUCUCCCGCCGCAAGUCAUUCAAGAAGUCGCUGCGAGAAUCCUUCCGGCGACUCCGCAAGGGCCGCUCUCAGCGCCGCGCCACCACCGCCACCAGUCCUGCCUCGCCGGCGCAGCCCGCCAAAAAACCGAUACCGUCGCCAGUAGAAGAAGCAGACGUGAAACCAGUGGAGCGGGCAGUCGAGGCGAGAUCCAACGACGACGGCUUUGGAUCCAUGGUGCGGUGUCUAUACUUCGCACGGACGUUCCUCAUCAACACACAAAGCUCGACACCCACACUCUGGGCCGGCACCAACAACGGCACCGUGUACGCGUUCACGCUCAGCAUCCCAAACACCAACAAAAGGAAAGAAGAACAGGUGACGUGCACGCUGGCGAAAGAGAUCCAGCUCAAACAUCGCGCGCCCGUCAUAGGCAUCACGGUACUCGACGGCGCCGCCGUGCCGCUGCCGGAUCCUUUAGAGGUGGAGCGAGGCGUGGCAGCUUUGCCGGAACCGGGCACGCACCGCGUGUGCAUCACGUCGGAGGAGCAGUUCAAGGUGUUCACGCUGCCGUCGCUCAAGCCGCACCACAAGUACAAGCUCACGGCGCACGAGGGCGCUAGGGUGCGGCGGACAGCGUUCGCGUGGUUCGAGUGCGCCGGCGCGGGCGGGGCGGCGCACCGCGAGUGGUGCCUGCUGUGCCUCACCAACCUCGGCGACUGCCUGGUGCUGAGCCCCGAGCUGCGCCGCCAGCUCAACGCCGCCGCCGUCCGCAAGGAGGACAUCAACGGCAUUUCAAGCCUGUGCUUCUCGAAGCGAGGCGAAGCUCUCUACCUGCACUCGUCGUCGGAGCUCCAGCGGAUCACGCUCUCCGCCACUAAGGUGACGAUAGCGCAUUGCCAAGUGUUGCUGGCGCCCUGGGCGGUGGAGCUGCGGGGGCCGGCCGAGGAGGCCCCGCUAACUAACGGAGAACACAGGGAAGAGGCAGUAGAAGCGCCUCACGACGUGACAGCCGCGUCGGCCGACAUCACCGUGGACUCUGUGCGCGACCACACCGCGCAGCCCGAGCCAGAGCUCAACAUUAACCUGCAGAACUCGCAAGUGAACACCAGCUCCAUGGUGGUGAAGACCAGUACGCGGACGGCGGUGAACGAGAACAGCGCGGAGAACGGCACCGCGACCACCACGACCACCACCGUCACCGAGAACAUCCUAGAACACAAUCGCGAGGAAGGAGUCAUCACCCGUAUCGAGACGGGCACCGUGACCGUCCCGGCCGGGACUGACCCCAAACUCAUCCUCGAGAUGUUCGACCGCCAGCGCGAGCCGCUCGCCGUGCCCGUCGCGCCCGCCGGCGCCGACACCAACUAGGAAACAUCGAUGAACAAAAUACCGACAUCGAUAAAAAUCUAAUUACGAUCAGCCCUAGCGUUUACAAGUCAGAUGGAUACCAGCCGUGUGGAUCGUUGCUUGUUCGACAGACGAUUCUAUUCGUAUUCAGGGUCGAUGUUUUCAUGAAAUGCAUUAGUGAGAGAGAAUAUUAAUUAUUCUAAUAAUGUAACUGCGUGUUUUAAAGCAUUGAGUUAUAAUUACUAUAGAGAAACCAAACGAUGAAAUAGUUGCAGUCGCAACUUGUACCACGCGACCAAAACGUCGUAAGCGCCAGUCAUGGCGCUUAUGGCGCAAAAUACUGGUUCUCUAUGCCGGUUCUCUACGUAGUAAUAAUAGUUCAAUGAUUUAAAGGAACGUGAUGUGUUAAGACCCAUUGUUACAAUUUGAUCUUUUAUAAUAUAACCAUACCUAUUUCAACAAGUGGAAAGUGUAAGAAAUAUACCUUAUUAUAUUGAAAUAAAGUCCACAAUUAUCAGUAUAUUUAUGUCACGGGUUAUUUGUGUAACAACGGUGAAAAUAUACAGAUCGUAUAUAAAUUGUUCUUAAAAAAUUACGUAAUACAUAUUACAUAACAUAGCCAUAUUUGUCAUUUCCAAAUGUUUUGGUUAUAUUAUAAAAUAUCAAUUACAAUAUUACUUAUGGUAUUUUAAAUAGCUUCUACCGUCUUAAAAUGGUUCGAGAGUUCGAGCAUUAUAAUUUUGCACCGUCAUCUUUACCAUUGACAAUCGCUGACUACUUUUGGCUUCAAAUAUAAUUAUAACAAAAACAAGACAAGCAACUUCUUAACUUGUUUAUAUAUUUCCACAAAGUAUAAGUUUUGGCGGUUAGUUUGAGUAAAGAGUUAUAAUAUGCAUUGUUUUGAAACUUAUUUAUAAUUAUUUCGCGUUUUAACCUUUUUAGAGGCAAGGCACACAAGUCUAAAGACUCAUAAAACGAAUGCCUAUAUUUUAAUUUAAUUAUUUUCUAACAAUAUUCUUUAAUAAAUUAAUAAUUUGUAUUACAUGUUUCAAAGUUUGUGUCUUUAUUUUUCUGUUUUUCAGCAUAAAUAAUAAUUCAACUAAUUGCUACUCUUACUGCCAUUGUAUUCCCUUUUUCUGAAAUAAUUUCCUACCGAUAUUUAGAACCAUAAUUUUAAGAAUUUCCGCAUUUUAUUAUUAUUCAAAGUUUCAACUAGUUGUAUAUUAUUGUUUUGUAUAUUAUCGGUAGUAUUAUUUGACGCAAUGUAUAGUUAAACUUUGCCUGUGUGUUUCUCGUUAAGCUUUCGGUGUAUUUUUUGUUGAAACCGGCAUUUACAUGUACUUUUAAUUUCGAAAUACACUCAAACUUGUACUUAACAUUGUAUGAAACCUCAGACAGGUUAUUUAUGAAUUUACCCUCAAAAUACACCGGUUGGACGUUUAUUUGCAGUGGCGUAGCUAGGCAUGGCCGAACGCCCCCUCCCCACGACCUGGCACGCACAGGUGCGUCGCAAAACCAACCCCUUUUAUUACCUUGGGAAUACACAUUGAAAAAAUAGGGCCUCGGAGGUGGAAAUUCGCCCACGGCUAUAGUCUUUAACGCUGCGCCAUUGAUUAUUUGAGUACAAAACCGAGCCAUAGCAACGUACGUUGUACUGCAACCUGCAAUGAGAUUGUGGAUUGUCUAAUAUUUAUAGUUAAGGACAUGUGAAUUGAUGUACCAAUCUAGUUAAGUUUAACUUCGGACAUUCAGAGUGAAUGCGAUGUGCCUAUUUAUUUCUUUUUUAUAAUGAGAAUUGUAUUUAGGUGAAUAGUUAAUAAAGUUUUUUGACAAAUAGGUAAUGACUAGAGUAUUUUAUUAUAGUUAGCGUUUAAGUUCCCAUGUCAAAUCAGAGCAAAACCACGUUUUUAUUGUCAAUUUUAAAAAUUAAGCUUUUACAUAGCGUUUACUGCGGAUUCGAUUGUAUAUUCAGUAAAUAAUAAUUUUAUUAAAUUAUAAUGAAUGGAAAGUUUUAUGCAAUAUUUUUUUAACUUUUUUUGUAGAGAUUUUUUAAUUUUAUAUUUACUGUUUUGCGAUUUUAACACUUUGUACCUUAUUCGACUUGAUUCGGUGUCGUAGCGACCGGCCGCGCUUACAGUUCACCCACUAAAUAUAAGUUACAAUACAACAAUCAUAUUUAUUUUGUUCGCAUAAAACGUUCUCUUAAAAUAGUUACAGCCACAGGAGAUCAUUUCGCGCGUUAAUAACGCCUCAUGAUUGGCUGAAACAUUGCGUCAAGAAAUAUUUAGUAUCUGUGCUUUUUGUAACUUAUAUGUGGUAACACUGUGCGCGGCUGUGCGAGGAGCGCCGAGCGAGGCAGCUGGCGCGCGCGAGCGAGACAACAUCACAAUGUGAUAAGGGGUUGAGCUUUCUAAAAUAUAUCCUUAUUUCUAGCGUAAGUUGGUCACUUAGGUCUUUAUAAGGUAGACGGAAUAUAUUUCCCACAUGAUUUUGAACUUUAUUUCAAAGUGAUAGGGUUCAAUUUUGCGUAAAUUCUGAAACCCUUAUAAAGGCUUAAACUACGUGAUGGAGUAGCCGAAGCUUUUUUACUGUACAAUCUUCUCUAGCAUGGCAUUUUUAAAUAUUUGAUACGGCAAUUUGUAUCCAAUGUUCUUACGCAAAAUAAAUGCUAAGAUUUAA